AUGGAUCGAAGGCAGCACGAUUACGCUGCGUCUUCAGGAUUGCCGUAUCCUCAGCAACAGCAACAAGUCCCAAACUUCCCACAGCAACAACAACAGCAGCAAUUCGGAUUCCAUCCACAACAUCAACAAUAUCCACCACCACCAAUGAACGCUUCUGGUUUCAUGCCUCCUCAUCCUUCUAUGCAGCAGUUCCCUUACCAGCAGCAUCCUAUGCAGCAGCAGCAGCAACUUCAUCACCCUCCUCCUCACCCACAGAUGUUUGGUCAACAUUUACCUCCACAUCACCUUCCUUCUCCAUUCCCUGGACCUUAUGAUUCAGCUCCUCCUCCUCCUCCUCCAGCUGACCCUGAGUUGCAGAAGCGAAUCGAUAAGCUAGUUGAGUAUUCGGUUAAGAACGGUCCAGAGUUUGAGGCUAUGAUGCGUGAUAGACAGAAGGAUAAUCCUGAUUAUGCGUUUCUCUUUGGGGGUGAAGGCCAUGGUUAUUACCGGUAUAAGCAGUUUCUCUCCAUGCAUCCUCCUGGAGGACCUUUUGAUCCUCCGUUUCCGUCAGCUUCUAUGCCUAUGAUACAUCAUCCGCCAAAUCCCAUGAUGAGCCCUACAGUGAACAAUGUGCCUGGUCCAUUGGGAGUUCCGCCAAUUCGCCAACCUCCUUUCCCACCGUUCCAUGACCACCAGCAGCUGCAACCUCAUCAUCCUUUUGUGCCUCAUGCUCGUCCUGAGUUUGAUCAGUCGACUCAUGCAUUCAGAGGUCUUUCUGGUCCACUCCCUGCUGAUGUUGGGAUGGAACUUAAUGGUGUCUUGGCCAACCUCAAUGGCACAAAAGAGUCUAUCAAAAGUGCCAAGAUUUGGUUCAUGCAGAGAUCUCCCUUUGCACCAGCACUAGCUGAGGCACUUAGAGACAGGGUGUUUGCAAUGGAUGAUUCUGAUCGACAGAUGCACAUCGUUUAUCUAGCUAAUGACAUUCUCUUUGACAGUUUGCAGCGGAGGACAAACUUGCACGAGUUUGACAACGAAGCCCUUGCUUUCAGACCUGUUUUGGGUUCCAUGCUAGGGAGGAUUUACCACUUUCCACAAAACAAGGAAGAGAACCAGUCACGCCUGGAAAAGAUUUUGCAGUUUUGGGCUUCUAAGGAGGUUUUUGAUCAAGAUACCAUCUCCUCCAUUGAUAAAGAGAUGAAAAGCGGAGCACCUGCAAAUACCUUUUCUCGUUUACCCAUUGUAGCAGCAAACUCCUUACAACAUACAGGAAUGCUGCAACAGCCACCAAGCAGUAAUGUUCCUUUAGAGCAUCUGACCAGUAACCCGGUCGCAGCUCAACAGUUUAUCCCAAAUGUGAUGCAUCCUGUUGGCUUCCCCGGUUCCAUACCUUCUGUUCCACCUCCAGCACAACCACCUGCUGUUGAGAAGCCGCCUCCUUAUCCUCUCUUUCCUCCUGGUCUGAUCCCUGGGAUGGUCAGAAAGAUGCAGGUCGGUAGUGGCGUGCCUUAUUCCCCAUUGAGCCCGCUUGAUAUCCCAACCGUCAUACCACCAUCUGAUAUACCUCAGUCUCAAGUACUCGAGAUGGUAUCAAAGUUCUUCAAGAAGAUUGGUGAGGUCAACCCGAGUGAAGGUCCCAUGGGAUCUGAAUCGCAAGACGACUAUGAGGACUACGAGCGGGAUAGUCCACAGCGGAAAGGAGGUGCCUGCAUUCCCCCACCUCCAAACCUACAAGUGGACCCUGAGACAGGAACAUAUGCGGAUGGAAGCACCGAUAAGAAGAGCUCAUCUGGGAGAUUGGGACUUGGAGCAACAGCUGAUCCCAACGAACCAACUCAGUAUGAUGAUGUUUAUACAUCUUACAGGAAACAUAGAAGUACGAACUAUCACACAUCCAUGAGUGCAAGAUCUACAGCAAGAUGA